UCCACCUCCGGUGCCUCCUCCUUGUGGCCCUCCUCCCCUCCGUUUCCCCUCUUGUCCGGCUGCUGCUGCUGCCGCUGCUGCAGCGGCGGCGGCGGCGGCUGCCGCUCCUCCUCCUGCUGCCCGCGAUGGUGGCAGGUUUGCUGGGCUGCUGGGGCGGCGGCGGCCGGUGGUGGACAGUGCCCGGCACUUGGCUGUGCUUGAUGGCGCUGCUGCUCCUGGGCUCCCCUCCGCGGGGCUCUGUGCUGGUGCACGGCCGUAGGCUCAUCUGCUGGCAGGCGCUGCUGCAGUGUCAAGGGGAGCCCGAGUGUAGCUACGCGUACAACCAGUACGCUGAGGCGUGCGCACCAGUCCUGCAGCAGCAGCGGGGCGAGGAAGGUGCAGCCGCGGCCGCCUCUUCUUUCCCCUCUUCUGCCUCCUUCUCCUCCCGCUGGCGGUGCCCGAGCCACUGCAUCUCGGCCCUGAUUCAGCUCAACCACACCAGGAGGGGCCCAGCAUUGGAGGACUGUGACUGCGCGCAGGAUGAAAACUGCAAAUCUACCAAACGUGCUAUCGAACCCUGCUUGCCCCGGACGAGCACUGGGGGUGGGGGCACCGGCGGAGGCGCAGGGGGUGCAGGCGGGGGAGGCGCCGGGGGAGGCGUGAUGGGCUGCACUGAGGCUCGUCGGCGCUGUGACCGGGACAGUCGAUGUAAUCUGGCCCUAAACCGCUAUCUGACCUACUGCGGGAAGCUCUUUAACGGGCUGCGCUGCACUGAUGAGUGCCGCGCGGUGAUCGAGGACAUGCUGGCCGUGCCUAAGGCUGCUCUGCUGAAUGACUGCGUUUGUGACGGGCUGGAGCGGCCCAUCUGCGAAUCGGUGAAGGAGAACAUGGCUCGGCUCUGCUUCGGGGCCGAGCUAGGUAACAGCCCUGGCAGCAGUGGCUCAGAUGGCGGCCUGGACGACUACUACGAUGAGGACUACGAUGAUGAGCAGCCGGGGCAGCGGGGAGGUGGGGGGCUCGGAACGGCCGGAGACUCACAGUACGAGGAGGAUGGGGUCCCACACCCCCAUCGCCCAGGCGGCGGCGCUGCUGCAGCAGCUGCUGCAGCUGGAGGAGGGCGCGGGGAGCUGCCCUACGGAGACGCGAGAGGCAACAGCGGCUCCCGCUCCACUCCCGAGGGCGCUUGGACUCUGCUAGUCUCCAUUUUGCUGCUGCUGCUGCUGCUUCGGCCGCUGUUGUAGCCUUUUCUCCCAACUCCUCUGGUCCUCCAUGUGUUUGGUCAAUUGAUCCCGCAGUCACCCCACUCGAUUCCGUUUUCCCGGGUCUGCCUCCCACCCUUCUCUUUCUUCUUCUUCCCUCUCUUUCCCUAUCACUUUCCCGCAGCCCCCAGCGUACUUAGAUCCUACUCAAUCGUAAUAGUACUUGGUACUUAAAACAGUUUUAGAAGAGUUGGGGGAUACUUUGUUUCCUACUUCUCCGAACUCUUUUUCUCUUCUUUUCAAAACUAAUCAACUGCGUCCUGGUUUCUACCUUCUCCACUAUCUCCCUCCAAUAGCCACACCAAUUUUACACAGUUCUCUUUCAGAAAACUAGCGAGAAUACAGUCUCUUGGAUUGUUGUGUGUGUGUGUGUGUGUGUGU